UUAAUAUUUAUAGGGCAAUUGUGGUCAGCUUUUCCAUUUAGUGUUUUCACAUACAUUAUCAUUUAAUCCACACAUGAGGCUUGCAAAGUACCUAUUAUUAUCCUCAAUUUACAGUGGAGAGAACUCAAGACCAGAGUGAAUUAGGGCCCACACCACUGCUCAGUAGGGGAGCUGUUCUGGCCCCUACCUCUCUUCCCAGACUCAGAGUGCCUCUUACUACAGCUGGCCCUACAGGGAAGGGAAAGGCACUGAUCUGUCACUGCUAUCGAAUCCCCCAAAUUCCCUUCACCCGGUUCCUCGCACCCGGGGUAGCUGCCCUUUGGGGCGAAGGGCACAGGGGAAGGGGCCUUAGUAGGUUAAUUAUUAACCCUUUGCCCCUCAGGGCACCAUGGGCUUCUCUCCCCUCCUGGAGGUGGAGGGACACUUACUGGCUAGAGGCUGGUAAGGUGGCGGUGGUCCCAGUAGCAGGCAUGGGGGUGGCCGUGCGGCCCCCAGCCCUGCGGCACUGGUUCAACCACUCAGUUCCUCUCAUUGCCUUCGCGCUGCUGCUGCUUUAUCUCAGUGCUCGGAGCCUAGGUGAGCUGUCCCUUCCCUCACCUGCUCCGGGAGGAACCCCGGAGUCCAGGCCCUCAGGACUCAAGCCUCUUCCUCUAGCCCUCACCGCUCCUCUUCUGCUGUCCCCAGGCGCCCGCUCGGGCUGCGGACCCGGGGCACGGGCCUGCGUUCCGUGGGGAACGCGCCCUUCCAGGCUGAGGCAGGAGUCGGGACCCCUGGAGGCCCCGGAGAGGAAACAGCCUCCGUGUCUGGCCCCAACGGGGACGCUGGGCCGUAUGAUGAGGCCGUUCCACGCCAGUCUGAAACCCGAAAGGGAUGUGAGGCUGUCGCCGUACCUGGCGGGAUGGAGGGCACUCGUCGAGUUCCUGACUCCCCUCGGUUCAGCCUUCGCCUUCGCCACUAGGGAGGCCUUCACCAAGGUGACAUCUCUGGAGGCUCGGGUGCACGACCCGGACGCGGAGCACUACUCGUCGCUGGCGGCCAUGGCGGCAUGGGAGCAGCGGGCGGGACUGCUGGAGCAGCUGGGGGCGGUCCCCCAGGACCCGGCCGGGAGCUCGGGCUCUCGCACGCUGCUCCUGCAGCACCUUGCGCUGCGCUGGUCCCAGCUCUGCCUCCACCGGGUGGCGACCGGCGCGCUGGGAGGCCCGGACCCGGGAGUGCAGUGCAGCGACGCCUACCGCGCGGCCCUGGGUUCGCAUCACCCCUGGCUGGUCCGUCAGGCCGCCCGCCUCGCCUUCCUAGCCUUCCCGGGUCGCCGCCGCCUGCUGGAGCUGGCGUGUCCUGGAACCACCUAGGCAGAGGCGCGGGCCGCGCUGAUCCGGGCCGCCGGCACCCUGGAGGACGUCUACAACCGCACCCAGAGCCUGCUGGCCGAGCGCGGCCUGCUCCAGCUGACCUAG